UGUUGUAUGUUGUCAUUUUUGUUUUGAAUUUGUUUGAAUCUAAGAACAAGUAAUCUUUGGUUUUGAACUUACUUUUUUUCAGUUUAGUCGAUUAAAUGUAUGAAAUUAUUUGUACCUCAAUUUUAAAAUUGUUACAUAAAUUAUUUUUUUAUUUUUUUUUUGUGACAAACGUCCUCAUCUGUCUCAAAUAUGUCUACUUUUUUUAGGAAAUAAAAUGACUACGACUAAAGGUUUAGCAUUGACAAAAGAAGAGGUAUCUUUACUUCUAGACCUCAUACAGGCAAAUAAGGUGGUAACCGUUAAGGCAACCAGUGCUUCCAGUCAACAGUUGAAAGAUGCUGCCUGGGCUACUAUAACUAGCAGUUUUAAUGCUGCUAUAACAAGUGUACCUCGAAAGCAGGAGCAGCUUAAACUCAAAUGGGAGAAUUUAAAGAAAACUGCACGCAAAAGAUGUGCUAAAAUUAAAAUGGAACAGCUCAAGGUGGGUCACAGUUACAUUUCUCCAGACAAUGCUCUGGAUAGAGUGGUAUCAAUGUUAGAUGAUACAAAUGUACGUUCAGUGCCACUUGGUAAAAAUGCUGAGAAUGCACCUGUUAAACCAAAAGCUGAUAGUGAAACAAUAAGUUGUGUUCAUGAUGAUGAUAGUGCUAGCGGUAGUGGUGAAGAUAUCUUCGAGAAUGUCAUUUGUAUGAGUCCAAGUGAGUUCCAUCAAGAAAUCAAAUCAAAUUCGAAACAGAAAACAGAUUUUUACAACAUUCCAAAUGGAAAAGAAAUAAAAAAACAAAAGUUAAUGACUGCAGAUAUCAAAGCUAGGAUAGCAAGAAACAAUGCAAUAGCAGAAUAUUACAGACUAAAAACGCGCAAGAUGGAGUUAGAAGUUGAAAGAUUGGAAUUGGAAAAUUAUAGAUUAAGCCAAAUUAAAACUGAAUAAUAUAUGUACAAAUAUUAUAUAAUUUUAAAAGUGUUCAAUGCAUUAUUGUUCUUCAAAUUUUACAAAAUAAAAUGUUAAAUUUCA